GUCUAACACAACUUUUACUGAGCUGGGACUGAACCCAUCUGAAUCAACGCUUAUACAUGUGGUAAAUGGUAGUAUCUAUACAAAAGACACAAUAGAACUGGAUGGGGAAACUAACAAGAGUCGCUGUGAUGAGACAAAAACAGGGAGAUGGCAUCUAACUUGCGCUGGUGUGGAUACCGGGGCGUUGCUUAUUGUUCAAAUGAACUAUAGUGACGACCAUGAUCCGAAGUUUCCACAGAUUCUAAAGCGUGGAGUUCGGGUCCAGGAGCGAGUGCCGUUGGGUACUGUUGUCUUGAAUUUCACCAACGCAAACUACACCGUCACGGACGAUGAUUGUAACUCUCAACCGCCCCUGUACGAUGUUUCGUCUGAAACUGGUUCGUUUACCGUGACGAAUUCGGCGAUAAUUGUAGCCAAGGAGUUGGACUACGAACGGCAGAAUUUAUACAAAGUAACUCUUAAAGCUAUGACAUCAUCGACCGGAUCUGAAUACCGAACAUCCAGCAUGAUGUUGAUGAUAUAUGUGGAUGACGUUGAUGACGAGAGACCAGAAUUUACCAGCAGUAUCUACACGCUACACGUCAUGGAGGGGCCUGUACCUUCUGAAGCCUGGCUGACUACAGAGCCACCUGUUCUGGCACUAGACGGAGAUCGCGGCAUUAACACAACGCUGAACUACAGUUUCGUAGAUCCCCUGCCCACGGGUCUCAAGAUGAAGAUCAACUUGACCACUGGUCAACUUCGUGUCUUUGACGCACUGGACCGUGAAACCAACAGCAGCUUUAUGGUCGUUGUCAAGGCGGCACAAACAGACAAUGAUUUAAUGACCGCCACCAGCACCAUCAAGAUAGUGGUGGACGACAGGAACGACAACAGGCCAGUCUUGACCUCGCAGACGACAGCCACGGUACAAGAGGAUGCCAGACCUGGCACCACAGUCCUCCUGCUGACCGCUACUGACCAGGAUGAGGGCAUAAACUCACAGUUUGAUUACGUCAUGGCAUCGGAUGACCUGGCAGCUUUCAAUUUGAGCUACGAUGACGUAACUCAGAAAACCUGGUUGGUCGUGUCGGAUUCUAAAGCUUUGCGUGGCAAAGAGACGGGUCAUGUCAAGGUGUAUCUGGUAGAGAGAAGCCCGCCAGAUGGUGGGGCGCCGUGUGACAACGUCACAACCUGCGUGGCGGACAUCACCGUGACCAUUGCUGACGUCAACAUGAACAGUCCUGUGUUCACACAACAGGCGUAUAGCUUCAGCGUACAGGGGGAUCCCCAGGUCGUUGGCCAGGUAAAUGCUGCCGAUACUGACAGGGGAGAUAACGCGAGAAUAUCGUACCAGUUGCUCAGCUCCGCCGUAGGAGAUUGUAGGAUGAUGAGUAUAAACGAGACUUCAGGGGAAAUAACUCUCACGUCGAAAGUUGCGUCUCUGACUACUUGUUACAUGAUGGUCACCGCUUGUGAUAAUCCCCACGACGUAUCCCUUCAACGCUGCACCUCCGUGCCUGUCUCUGUCAUCCUCUCCCCUCCCGCCAACACCACCGCAUCCAGCACCAAGGACGUCACGAUUCCUGAGAAUGUUCCAGUGGGCACGAUCGUCACAGAUCUACCUAAAACAAAUUUAAAGACUAACGCCACAGAUUUUAAGAUAGUUGAAGACAUUCUGUACACAAACGCUGAUAGAUAG